ACCUUUCCCUUCUUCCUUCCACACUCUUUCUCUGUCAUCCCACGUGUCAGUCCAGCACACACAGACAAUCAAACACACAGGGAGCCAGAGCUUCGAUACACAUCAUCAAUGGCGGUCACUGCUGCAGCAUCUUCAGCUACCUGUAAUCUCAACCACACUAGAAACUUCCUCUCCUCCAAACCCCACUUCAAUUCCAUCUUCGGCUAUUCCCGCAACUUCCCCGCCAAAUCUCCAUCGUCAACAAUCGUUUCCAUGGCGCCCCAAAAGAAGGUGAACAAGCUCGACAGCGGCUGGGAGAAGAAGUGGUACGGAGCGGGAAUCUUCUACGAAGGGGCGGAGGAAGUGGAAGUCGACGUCUUCAAGAAGCUGGAGAAGCGGAAGGUCCUCAGCAACGUCGAGAAGGCGGGGCUUUUGUCCAAGGCGGAGGAGCUCGGGGUCACCCUGUCGUCGAUUGAAAAAUUGGGGCUGUUUUCCAAGGCGGAGGAGCUCGGGCUGCUCAGUCUGCUCGAGAAGGUGGCUGGAUUCUCCCCGGCUGCGUUGGCCUCGGCGGCUCUGCCCAUUUUGGUGGCAGCUGUGGUGGCAGUCGUGGUUAUACCGGAUGACUCGGCGGCGCUGGUGGCAGCGCAGGCUGUGGUGGCUGGUGUGCUUGGGGCCGGCGCUGCUGGCUUGUUAGUUGGGUCAGUUGUGUUGGAUGGUUUGCAAGAAGCUGAUUAAGUUUUUCACUUGUUUUUGUUUUUCAGUUUUUCUCCUUUUGGUAGGAUAAAAUUGAGAAUUAUGUAUGUGAUAUACUAAAUUAGAGAAAUGGAUUGAUAACUGUUCUGAAAUUGUUUGUUUCGCGUCGAGGAAAAUACAAAUGAAUCAAUGCUUGUGUUGUUUUUGUAUGAAAUGAAAGUAGGUUUUCGUGAAA